AAUUAAUUCACUAAUUAAAACGUAGUUUAAUUGAAAAAGGGGGUGUGUAAGACGAGGCGGUGACUGUACGGUCCUCCUCUCCGUGUAAUUUGAGGGGGGCCGUGAUGAGCAACGCGGAAAGCGGCAGAGACGGAGUUAUUAUUAUUUUUUUAUUUUUAUUUUUUGUAUGUACAUAACAAGCGCCAGGCUUUUCGUCCGAGCAAGCGACCGACCCAUGGAGGCCCUUCAGCGGGGGAUGAGCUAGCUGGUUGGCCCGCCUGGGUCAGCUGAGUGGCGAGUGUACCCCGGGACUUCCUCUCGCCUCGCGUCUGCGGUGGCGGCGGAGGAGGAGGAGGAGGGGGGCGGGAAGCGUUGUCGGCAUUGGCCGGGAGUCUGCGAGGGGUACAACGGCCGAGAGCGCUAAGGGAGACCGUGGCCUGGUCCACCGCACCGCGAGGCCUACUCGCGCUGACUUCAUCAACGACGAAUUACAGGACAUGACUGCUUAUUUCGCACCCAUCCUGAAAAUCAUAAAACGCAAAACAAACGAAAAGCCAGGCACCGAGAUGGAUGGAGGAAUGAGGUCAAAUGAUAAGGCAGAAGUUGUUGCCGUUAUCUUCAGGCCCCAGAAACGGACUUAAUUGCUGUAUUUUGCAGCAGAAAGGAAUAACAAAGAGAAUUUAAGCAGCAUUCUGGGAAGGGGCUUUAUUGCCAUGCAAACUUUCCGGGAACAAGGCAGCACUUCUUCCACUUCAUCCUCUUUUCCUCCCAAUCAGCCUGGUGCUGCAGGGGGAGGUGGGGGCUCAAGGUUCUCUCAUGAUUCCCUCAAUUCUCCCAGACUUGUUGAUGCUGGGCAGCAGGGGCCUCAACAGCUGCAACAUGGGCAUCAUGUGAGCCAGGCUGCCCUUCUCCAGGGUUAUGGAGCUCGAAGGUCAGGUCUUAGCAUUGAUGCUGGUGGUUGUGUUCCACAAGGAGUCACUGGUUACCAGCCUAGUGGAAGCAGUGGAAGCUUGUAUAGAAAGGAAAUGGCAGAAUACUAUUACCUUGCUGGAAAGGAGGCACAACGAAGGGGACAUACUGCAACACCACAGAGCUAUGCAGCUUUUGGAUAUCCAGCCAGUUCAUUAGAAGGACAAAUGGGACAGUACCGGCAUUCCGCAAGCAUGGCUCACUUUUCUCCUGAGUCUUACAACACUGGCCCUUUCUCUCCUUCCCAGUAUAGCACGGGCCAAACCCAAUCCACGCAACAGCCACAGCCUCCUCAGCAAGUAGUCACUGCCUCUUCUCAACUUCAGCAGUCAUUGCGACAGCAAGCCGCUGCCUAUGCUUCCCAUCCGCCUUUGCAGCCACAGCAGACUGUCCCUCACACCUCAGCAGGAGCUAUUAGUGCUGUACCUCAUAUACAAACCCACCAAAGGGGCUACCAGCAUCGUGUUGGACAAUAUGGCCAUUACACAGCCUCUGCUCCUUCUGUUAGUAGUUCUUACAGUUCUCCCCCUCAGCGAUAUGCUCAGUCUGGAUAUGACAAUGCAUACAGCAAAAUUAACUCUUCUGUUUCUCAGUUUGAAGCUGGUAGCCAGCAACAAUGCUAUUCAAGUGGUUAUGGUUAUCUGACACAGCAACAACAUUUAAGUAAGGUGUAUGAGAGAGACAAGCAUGUACAGCAUACUCCUGGACAAAUUCAGCUCCAUCAGCCACCCAUUCAAUAUCGUAAUGCAGCAGGCAAGGUGGUAAAUGCACCUGCUGGUGGAAGUGGCAGCAGCACUGUAGGAUCAGGCUUUGGGAGCCAAGAGGUGGCAUCCAAAUCACCUAUGCAGCAGUUCCAUCAGAACUUCAGUCCUAUUUCAAAUCCCUCCCCAGCUGCUUCUGUCGUCCAGUCACCCAGCUGCAGUUCCUCACCAUCACCACUGAUGGGAACUGGAAGUGCUACCGGAGAGCUGGGGAACACAACUCGUAAUAGCAGGCUCAUGCAAUCAGUGCCACAGCUCAGCCCAACGCCAUCAACUAAUCUUCUAGCAACAAGUCCAAGUCACUCACUCUACAAGGCAUCAGCCCUGGAUGGGUUGCAAGAGAAGCGGCUAAUGGACCCUGGCCUAAAAAGUUUGAGUGCUCUCAGUUCACAGGUUGCCAAUAUCCCCAACACCGUGCAGCAUAUGCUUCUCACGGACACCCUUCUGUCUAACAAGAAGAAAGAGCAACAUUAUGGCAGCAGCCCUUCCAGCACCAGCAGCAACCAUAGCAGCCAACACCACCUUCCUAGGAAAGCAUCCAGGAAACCAACCGGAAAUGUAGAUGGAAGUGGAGUGAUGGGUGGGGGUGCUGGUUCUUCUACUAAUUCUGAAGGAGGAUCUCAGCCAGAUGAUCAGCUCAAGUCUCCUCAGUCUUUAGAAAGCUCUGGAGAGGAGCAGGCCUCAGUGGAGCGAAUGAGGCAAUUGAGUGGUCAGAGCACAGGCUCUGAAUCGGCAAACUAUUCACGAACACCCAAACCACCACCUGUUAAUGAUACCAGAGGAGCAAUGGGAGUAGUGCUGUCAACUUUAGAUUCCAGUAAUGAUGCUGGCAAAGCCACACAACAACACAAAACUGAGCCUCUUUCACAGCCACCAUCUUGCAUUCCACCAGCAGGACCAACAUCACCUCAUCUUCCUAGCAUACCUAUGGGAAGCACUGCACCAGUGACUCCCACUGGAGAAACUACAAACUUCCCUCCUCCCCCUCCCCCACUCCCUUCUUCUCCAGCAUCCACUGCUUCGGCAUGUACUGCUGUUUCUGCUGCUUCAUCUGUGAUGUCAUCUGCCUCUUUGACAAGUAUCAGCAUGUCAGAAGCUCUGUUGCCUCCUUCUACUGGGUCCAGUCAUUUUCCACAGCUUCCAUCAGUAAAGGAUAGUGAUCAUGCUGAUGAUGAGGAUGAAGAUGAGGAGAAAGAGAAUGUAAACAUUUCCAAAGACUUGCAAUUGGAGAGAAAAACUCUAUCAGAGGAAAAAAACAGACAAGAGCAUGCAGAAGAGCCUUCUAUACGCAGUGUUUCUGCAGAAAGUGAAAGCAGAGGUGGUCCAAUUAACAACAUGCAGCCACAAGCAACUGCAAGUGCUGAAAAGGGCUCUGUAGGGGUUAUAGUAUCUGCACGUUCUGAACAGAUAGAAAAUAGACAUGCCCUUCAGCCACCUGUGCAAGACACUCAGCCUCAUCGGCCACCCUCACAGCAUAGCAAACAGUCAUCUGAGAUUAAAGAUUGCCCUACAUCCCAGGAACAGCAGGAGGAGAGUGCAGGAGUGAGCCAUAGUGUUGCAGGGACCGGAGAUACUGCUAGCCACAAUGGUGAGGGAUCUUCUGACCAUGUACAUUUAUCUACUGGCUCUGGACAUACACCAACAACAUCCUAUGCAGGAAAAGUGGAUAGCAGUGCUAGCAACCCAAUGAUAAGUCCUUAUGGUUUUAAUGAAGCAAUUGGCACUGGUGCAGCACCAAGAAAUAGCCUUUCAGGUCUUUACCAUGUUUAUGGUCAUAGUGGGACCAGAAAAAGUUCAGUUGAACAGGAAAGAAGAUCUAGUGGACGGGGGGAUAAAAUGCAGCAGACACAGUACCCAAGUUUGCUUCAGGAAGUCUUGCAAGGUUAUCAUCUGGAACGAAGAUAUGGCAGACAACUGCCUGAGCCUUCAGCCACACACCUUCACUCUGCAUCAGUGCCUCACAUGGCUUUGGGACACACAGAAACCAUGAGGCCACAUGUGCUGGUUAACCAGCCUGGUGCAACAGCUGAAAAUGUUCCAUCUAAGCAUCACUACCCUCCUGCAGGAGGAAGUAGAUCUCAAGGCAGCUUGGACUCAUGGGUCUGGGGUGAUAAGAAAGGGGCAACCAGUGAUUUGACACCACCUGCAGCAAGGAAACACAUUAAUUUAGCUGAAUUUUCCCAUGCAAGAAAACUGUCUGAAAUGCCCUCAACAGCACAGCAACUGCUAAUGCAGGAGCAGGAGGGCAUCAGUAGUAUUCCAGGAGGACCUGCUGGGAUGUCAGAGAGAAGAUCAGUAAUCUGUGAUGUGUCUCCUUCAAGGAGAACACCAGAACGUGAUCGGCGUGAGAGUAGUUCAAUGCCAAAUACACCAGCGUCGUCUGCUGGUGCUGCUUCUCUGCCAGUUGUAUCUUCUGUAAUCCAACCUGCACAACCACAAGUAGUGCAGCAUGAUCUGACCAAAGCAAAGGAGUCGGGCACAGUAAGCAAGGAGAGUGGGACUCCUACUUCAUUGGCAUUGACACCUGACUCUCGAGCACAUGGGAGUGGACCCCAUUCUUCUGUUAAUUUACAUCAUUCUGGUUCUCCUAACCAACAAGUUUCAGCUGUAGAUUAUCAUGCAAAAGACUGCAGACCUGCACAGCACCUUCAGAGAUCAAGGCAGUCAUCUCAUUCCUCCUCUCAGCUCACAGCAGAUACUGCUGAGACUAUGCACUCUGUUUCACCUAGUGGAAACCGAACUAACAAUACUACAGGUACCACUAUGAAUUAUCCUCACCAUCACUCUCCUGGACGAUAUCCUGGAUACUACCACUCUCUAGAGGCAAGCGGCUCUAGUAGCAGAGGAUAUGGACUGAGUGGGGACUCUGGGCAUAAAUCUUUAAACCAGCAACAUCAUAAAAAUCAAAUGUUUCAUCUCCCUCCCCCACCAGGACUGCUUUCAACAGAUGAUAGGCAAGACUGGCCCCCUAACCAACUCCAUCAACACCACCACCACAGUAAUGCAAGUGGAGCUGGCUUAAGAAGAAGCGGAGGUAGUCAUAAAGAUCUACAGGUUAUGUCCUCUGGGUCAAGUGUCCAACUUCAAGGGGGAAGUCUUUUGGGGCCACAGCAAGGGAGCUAUUUUGAAAUGGGAGGAAUACAUCAGGGCAAACUUUGGGGAGGUCCACCCUCUUCAGCAAUUCCCAAUAGCAGAGAUACAAGUUUGGAUUUUGAAUCACGAAGAGGAAGCAGUGGACAGAUGCUGUCCACUGCACCAAAACGACAUGAGGUUACAGGUACAGAUGGCCAUUCUAGAGGUGUUACAGAAGAGAUUGUGCAGUCAUUUCGUCCCUCUGCCGUUCCUGGGGCUGCUCAAGGAGGGUCUGGUGGAAGCUUGUACUCUAAAGUAUCUGGCCAUGAAGAAGGAGGACACCCCAAUCCAUUGAUAAUGCGAAGACGAGUGCGCUCUUUUAUCUCUCCUAUUCCUGCCAAACGGCAGCACCAAGAUGGAACUUCACAGCUGCACCAGAGGUCAGCAUAUUCUGUUGGGGGGCCCUCAGAUAGAUCUGUAGAAAGCUUGGAUCAUCCACGAAAUCCUGUCAUGCAUCCACAACCAACACACACUGCGGGAGUUGCUCCUCAGGAGCAACUAAGCAAAGAGGCCUCCAGUCCUGAUCCCAAUAAACGAGACAGUCCAGCUUCAGGCAGCACUACUGUUGCAUGUGGAAUCAAUUCUAUAUCAAAUUCUGCUGGUUACAGUAGCACAAGUCCUGCAAAUGCAGCAACAUCACCACCUCCAGUAGGGAAAACUAAAAUCCUACCACCUAGGAAGGGAAGGGGUUUGAAACUGGAGGCUAUAGUACAGAAGAUUACUUCCCCCAAUGUUAAGAAGGGUACUUCUGCAAACAGUGGCACUGGGAUGAAUUUAGCAGAGGCCUUUUCUGCAAACUCUGUUACUGCUCACUCAUCUUCAGGGGACAGUGUCUGUGGAGGAGUUUUUCAGGAUAUUGGCGAGGCAAGAUCUGCAGACAGGAGUACAGGUCAUAAUGAUGGCCUUUCUCUAGAUGAAAUCAUGUCUUACAGGGGUGAAGAGGAAACUGGACCCCCACCUCCAGUAGCUGUGCCUUACCCUGGUACAUCUUUCCAUCAUUCAACAGAAAAUGAUGGAGAAAGAGAUCAAGAAAGAGGAAGGAAUGAUAAUAGGUUGCAGUUUUCUGAAGAUAAUACUCCUCCUUCUGCUUCUGGGAGGUCUGACCUAGAGGAACUUCGGAAAGCAGACAUGAGACUGCAACACCAACGACCAGACCUGACUUUACUCACCCCUUUGCCACCAAUGCCUUCAUCUUCAGCCUUGUCAGACAUCCAGAAAUUUGCUACUGGGUACCCGCGAAUGGAGGAGAAUAGAGAUCAUGCAUUACUCCUGAGGCACCAGCUUGAAGCGGAAAAAUUUGGAAGUCACACUAGCCAGAAUCGUGCAGAUUUUGGUUUACAACAGCAGCAACAUGAUCUGCACAGUGUGACCAUGAAACCCCCGAUAGUGCAUCCUAGUCACACAUCUGAAACAAAAACUGAAGCUGCUGGCAGUGGAAGUGUUCCCACAGUAGUUCCUAAAGGAUACUUUCCCUCAGGAAAGAAGAAGGGCAGGCCAGUGGGUAGUGUAAAUAAGCAGAAACGUGCACAGCAGCAGGCAGCAGCAGCUGCUGCAGCAACAACAACAGCUUCUCAGCCACCAAUAGCCUCGCAGCCUCUGUCCACCUCUGCUUCAGUACCUCAGAAUACACUGUCAUCAACUGGUGCUGCAGCAUCACCAUUUCCCACAGCCUCUAGUACUGCCACUACCGCCACCAGUUCACCAGCAGAAUUUUCUACUGAUACGACAGUACCCCUUAGCACAGGGAAUGAUGUGGAAGGCAUUCAUCAGCAAUGUGGGAAACGCCAAAGAAAAGUUGGUAUAUCUACUACAGGAGGUGUGGUGGUGAGACGAAGGAGGAGACGUGGUGGGAAAGCAGGAAUGGAUACAGACAGAACCAUAGAGGACCCAAAUUACAAAGCAUAUUUAGGUCAAGACAGAGCUGGGCAACUUAAUGAAAAUUUGCAAACAGAGCGUCAAGAACACAAAAAACCUAUCUUCUCACCUUAUAUUCAUGUGGAAAAAAAGGUUGAGCUGGGGGCUUUCUGCACCAUUAUUAAUGCAGAGGAUGAAGAGCAGAAGAAGGUUGUGGUAGCCACCCUUGCAUCUGAGUUACAAACACAGCUCCUAGGCAAGCAUAAAGAGCAGCCUUCAGAGGUCAAGGAAAAAUCUAGGCACACCAGGACUUCAUCCCCACAACCCAUUUCGGCCAGUAAGGCCCUGCCAGCUUCUUCUCAUUUGGUGCUGGGACCUGUGAUGACAGAAUCAUCUGUAAUUGGACGACUUCUUUGCUGUCUCUGUGGAAAGUGGGCAAACUAUAAGAACUUGGGGGACCUUUAUGGACCAUAUUACCCACCUGAGUAUGCAGCUCGUUUGCCAAAAAACCCACCACAGGUUAAGCAGCAACUGCAAAAGGGCACAGCAGGACAAACAGAGGAGGUCGAGGGUAGUGAAUUGUCACCCGGAAAGGUGAAAGUGAGACACAAAGAAUGUGGAAUUGAAGGAAGCCAGCAGCCUGAAGCAGAGGGUGACAAACUCGGGGUAGAGGAGAAAGACACCUUGGCACCAACAAUGAGCAGUGGUCGGGAACUCAGGAAGUUAACAGCUCACCCCAGAUAUAAGCGUCGGCACCGGUCUAGUGAGGAACCUUCUGCUAGCAAACCUAGUCAGCCUCAAACAGAAACUUCCUCCAUUGAUCCAGAGCCUCUGCCAAUCCCUGAGAUGCCUCUCGAUAGUAAUGAAUUAUGGGUCCAUGAGAACUGUAUUGCAUGGACAAGUGGGGUGUUCCUGGUAUGCGGAAAGCUUUAUGGUCUGCAAGAAGCAUUAGAAGGCGCCAGAGAAACAAGGUGUUCGCAUUGCCAGGAUCCAGGUUCCACACUAGGUUGCUACAGUAAAGGCUGCUCCCUCCGUUACCAUUACAUGUGCGCAUUGGAGGCAGAGUGCUCUCUAAAUGAAGAUAACUUCUCACUGCGUUGUCCGAAGCACAAGUUUCCCCAGCAAGGCAAGACUGGUAAAGUGACGCCUGCAGAGCAGUCUGAACGUGGGUGAGCGUUCAGCUUUAUUUUAUAACUGGACAUGUUCACCAAAGCAGGUUAAAUGGCUGAGCCUUAAUGAAAAAGAAACCCUUUUUGUGAUGGAUUCCUCUGAAAUUGCAAGAUGAACAUUGGAAUCAACAAAAUCAUCAGAACACAGGGUUUUCUAUUUUUUUUUUUUUUUAAUUUAACAAGAAUUAAAUUGUGGAACAGCAACAGUUGCAUCCAUAUUGUCAAGCAGUGAUGUCACUCCCAGGAUCUACAAGAGAAAAUUAAUUUUUCAAAAUACAAAACCGUGAAAAAUUUCAGAGGAUUUUGAACAAUGACAUUUUAAACAAAAUUUUCUUUUCCCUUUUUUGCCCACCCUUUGUGACAUUACUGCUGUAAAGGGUGGUGGCAAUUGCAUCACAAAACAGGUGAUGGAGUGCAGUCAGAAACUCCUUGGACUGAAGAGUGGUUUACAGAUUUUACAUUUAUGGACAUGAACAACUACAAAUGAAAACACUGACAGUAUUCUGGGGAUGGGUGUGAGGGUUGGAGGGAGGGUGACCACUGGGGAGAAGACAACCUUUUAACUAUUAAAAAAAAAAAAUAAAGUCAGUUAAUCAAUUUAAAAUAAAAAACUUAUAAAGUUUGGCUUCAAACAUUACAGAGAAAUACACUAAGGGAGCUAUGUUUUAUUAAUAGGUUUUUAUUAAUAAAAAAGGACAAAAAUCCAAGAAAAAAUGCAACCAAAGAA